CAAGAUAGACAGGGACAAGGACUGAGAGAGACAGGGACUGAGAGAGACAGGGACUGAGAGAGACAGGGACUGAGAGAAACAGGGACCGAGAAAGUAAUAAGGUACACACACGGAUAUUACAAGCUAAAGUAAAGCUGUUGUUGACCUACUCUUCUGAAAAGCACAGAGGAGGAGGACAGAAAGGGUGUGUGUGUGUGUGUGUGUAGAUGUGUGACAGCGGUGUGUGUGAAGACAAGCCCCCCGCUCCCCCUGUCAGAAUGAACAGCCAAGGAGGCGGAGCCAAGGACUCCGUGUCGGGCAACUACAACUCUCGGUCCCUCCCCUCUGUUCCUGAGGAGAAACAGAAACGAAAUAAAAUCAUCUCCAUGUUCGCCUCCGAGAAAGGAGGCAGGAAGAAGGAUCGUGAUAAGGACAACAGACCAGAGAUCUCCUCUCCGUCAGACUUUGAACACACCAUCCAUGUGGGCUUCGACGCCGUCACAGGAGAGUUCACAGGCAUGCCGGAGCAGUGGUCCAACCUGCUCCAGACGUCUAACAUCAGUAAAUCAGAGCAGAAGCAGAAUCCUCAGGCUGUUCUGGACAUUCUCAAGUUCUAUGACUCCUCCACCGCAAAACAGAAAUACCUCUCCUUCUCAGAAAAAGAUGCACAGUCGCCUGGAAAGCAGGGUGCCACGUCCUCGCCAUCCGGCGGUAAAGACGGUGAAGAUGAUGACGAUGAUGGAGACGAAGCUCCGCCCCCUAUUGUGGCACCACGGCCUGAGCACACCAAAUCAGUGUACACCAAAUCUGUCAUCGACCCACUUCCUCCACUGCCAGAGCCUGACUCUGCCUCCAACAGGAACAAGAAGAAACAGCAGGGCAAGAUGACUGAUGAGGAAAUCAUGGAGAAACUACGAACCAUCGUCAGUAUUGGAGAUCCCAAGAAGAAGUACACACGCUAUGAGAAGAUCGGCCAGGGAGCGUCUGGUACUGUCUACACAGCCAUCGAUGUUGCCACUGGUGCAGAGGUAGCUAUCAAACAGAUCAACCUCCAGAAACAGCCGAAGAAGGAGCUGAUCAUCAACGAGAUCCUGGUGAUGAAGGAGUUACAACAACCUAACAUCGUCAACUACGUAGACAGUUUCCUGGUAGGUGAGGAGUUGUUUGUGGUGAUGGAGUAUCUGGCUGGAGGUUCGCUCACGGACGUUGUCACGGAAACAUGCAUGGACGAGGCUCAGAUCGCUGCCGUGUGCAGAGAGUGUCUGCAGGCUCUGGAGUUCCUCCAUGCCAACCAGGUGAUCCACAGAGACAUCAAGAGUGACAACGUGCUGCUGGGCAUGGACGGAUCUGUCAAGCUCACUGACUUUGGGUUCUGUGCCCAGAUCACUCCAGAGCAGAGUAAAAGAAGCACCAUGGUGGGGACUCCCUACUGGAUGGCUCCUGAGGUGGUGACCAGGAAGGCCUACGGACCCAAGGUGGACAUCUGGUCCCUGGGCAUCAUGGCUAUAGAGAUGGUGGAGGGAGAACCCCCUUACCUCAACGAGAACCCACUCAGGGCCCUCUACCUGAUAGCCACCAAUGGGACUCCAGAGCUCCAGUCUCCAGAGAAGUUAUCUCCAGUGUUCAGGUCCUUCCUGUCCCGCUGUCUGGAGAUGGAUGUAGAGAAGAGAGGAGGGGGGAAAGAACUACUGCAGCAUCCAUUCCUAAAGCUGGCCAAGCCUCUCUCCAGCCUCACCCCUCUCAUCCUGGCAGCCAAGGAGGCCAUGAAGAGUAACCGCUAACCCUGGUUAGCCACAGAUACACUGGAUUCCUAUGUCUCUAUGUUAGCCUGAGCGCUAACUACUAGCCUUACCAGCUAACUUCCAGCCCUACAGUGCCAACUCGUCAGUGCCUCUCAGUAACUGACAGCAUCUCCUCCUUGAUGCUAAACACCAGCCUGCUAGGGCCCUGGCUCGUACACCUACAAGUCACACAAGUCGGCUUCCUGCUCUGUUUGACUCCCCUUCCCCUCUGUCCUUCACCCCUCACUCCAUAUCACACACCAGUCUUCCUAUGUCUCUUACCCCCCCCCCCUCCUCAUCUGUCCCUCGCCCCUCACUCCAUAUUACACACCAGUCUUCCUAUGUCUCUUACCCCCCCCCUUCCCUAUCUGUCCCUCACCCCUCACUCCAUAUCACACACCAGUCUUCCUAUGUCUCUUACCCCCCCUCCUCAUUUGUCCCUCACCCCUCACUCCAUAUCACACACCAGUCUUCCUAUGUCUCUUACCCCCCUCCCUGUCUGUCCCUCACCCCUCACUCCAUAUUACACACCAGUCUUCCUAUGUCUCUUACCCCCCCUCCCUGUCUGUCCCUCACUCCUCACUCCAUAUCACACACCAGUCUUCCUAUGUCUCUUCCCCCCCCCCUCCUCAUCUGUCCCUCACCCCUCACUCCAUAUUACACACCAGUCUUCCUAUGUCUCUUACCCCCUCCCUGUCUGUCCCUCACC